AUGCGGGCGCAUCCUGUGCUUGGACGGUGUCGAAGAUUACCACGGCCCAAUCUAACGAAGCUGGAUCGCCUUCCGCUCCCGGCGAGUGAUACAGUUCUAUAUCGCGUUGGAGGCCUUGACCUGCCAAACACGUUACUCAUCUCAGUAUUGACCACACGAUAA